AUGUCUGAAUCAGAUAUGAAAAAAUUCGAUGUCUGUAUUGUUGGUAGUUGUAAUGUUGAUUUAAUCAGUUAUGUUGAUCGUACGCCAAAAAUUGGUGAAACAAUCGAAGGGAAGAAAUUUGAAAAAGGCUUUGGUGGUAAAGGAGCUAAUCAAUGUGUACAAGCUGCUAAAUUAGGUGGCAAAGUAGCCAUGAUUGGCAAACUUGGCAAUGAUAUUUUUGGCAAAGAAUAUCUUGACAGUUUAAAACAAUUAGGAAUUAAUACAGAUCAUGUCAGUAUAACAGACGAAGCAGCUACUGGUGUUGCUCCGAUUAUUGUGGAUAAAGAAGGACAAAAUUCAAUCAUUGUUAUACUUGGCGCUAAUCUGUUACUCAAUGAAGAUGAUAUACAAAAGGCUGAAGAUAUAAUUCGACAAUCAAAAGUUGUUGUUUGCCAACUUGAAAUUCGACUAGAAACAGUUAUUAAAACAUUUGAAAUUGCAAAAAAAUAUUCAGUUCUGUCAAUUUUAAAUCCUGCCCCAAUGUCAGUAAAAUUAAAUCAAAAUCUUAUCAAAUUUGCUGAUGUUAUUUGUCCAAAUCAAACAGAAGCAGAGAUAUUGUGCGAUUUUAAUGUCGAAACAAUUGAUGAUGCUAAAAAGGCAUGUAAAAAAUUACAUGAAUUAGGCUGUCGAAUAGUUAUUAUUACAAUGGGUAGUCAAGGCGCUGUUGUAUCGAAUGAACACGAUCAAUGCGAACAUGUUGAAAUUGAAAAAUGUUCUUCUGUAUGCGAUUCUACAGGCGCAGGUGAUUCAUUCGUUGGCACUUUAGCAUUAUUGAUGGCUCGAGAGGAAAAAAUGUCCUUAAAAGAGCAAGUAAAACGUGCCUGUCGUGUUGCCAGUCAAUCAGUGGAGAAAACAGGCACACAAACAAGUUACCCAACAACAGAUGAACUUCGAUUUAAUCUAUUUGGCUAA